AUGCUCUGUCCCAAUACCAUGCCUCAUGACCGCGAGUGCGAGCCACCUCAUGUAUCAGAAUCAUAUGCAGGAUCAUGCGCAUCUACCAAUCAAACUAGUACAAUAACAGCUGUCUCAGCCAUACCUAAUUCCAUACCAAGCACUGCAUCUCGCAAUUUGCCACCCAGUGAAUGUGUAUCAGGGCUGGUCACGGAUACGAUCACGUCCACUGAAGACGCCACUAGCCAGCUCCCAGCGCUGUCACAAAGCAGCUCAAGUGAAAGGCAACUUGAUUCAUGUACAACACAGAACACGAGGCGUCCUAAUGCCGAACAUAAUAACGAAGCAUCACCGACUUCGGUUCACCGUUCACUAUACCCCAUUAUUGACUCGGUACAAAGUGACAUUCAUGAAUCUUUAUCAAGCUUAAAUACUGCCGAGUACUCCGCUUCCGGCCACGAAAUAAAUGACACAACAUCUGCUGGAGCGAAUCAAGAUCAAAACGAGGAACAUCAACGGCGCCAUUCAGAACCACCGUCACCCAAUGGAACAACAGAUCCACAGCGCGACGAUCAUGCCGACUCACCAUCUGAGGCGCAUACAAAUGCGCGUCCAAGCUCUCGUUUUUUUAUGUACAUACCAGAACAAGCGUCACCAUUCCCAUUUCCCUUGCUCAGUGAUGUUGGAUCAAAUCUGGUCUGGCCGAUUAUUGAUUGCAUUGAGCGUACAAGGAACCAAGAUACUGGCGAAGAGUCCACUCGCCUGGUGCAUGUACUCGGCAUGCCAUUCCAUUUGACUUUCACGAUGCGCCCAUCAGAUCCUAAUGACGUGCCUGAUUCAAACAAGGCGCGUGCCUAUGUUGAAUCCCUUGAGCGUGUAGACGCCGAACUUCGAUCGCGCAUGGCACACUUUUCCAUAACUAGCGCCUCUGUCGAAUCCUCCAACGAUGCAAGCAUGCAGCACGUGUCUGGAUGCGGCGUCUGUCUUGAGCCGUACCCAAUUGAGGAUAAACCAGCGUGGUUUACAGAAGGCACCAACGAGCCCGAUGAAACAGUCGUGGCCAUACCAUGCCACGGGUUUCAUACGAUUCACGCAUCUUGUUUGGUGGAAUGGUUAUCAAGCAAGGCGCCGAGUCAAUGGUCGUGCCCAUACUGCCGCGCUCCUUUACGAUCAAACGCCAAGCACAAUCCACCGCCAAUGACGCUGCGAGAAUAUGUUAAACAGAAAGAGCGCGAACAUGGAUGGCGAUGCGACGCACCUACCUGCUUUCCGUGCUACUCAGAUGGUGAAAAGCACGAGUCUCCAUUGAUCAAGCUGAUGCCGUGUAGGCACGAAAUUCACUUGGAUUGCUUAUGCACCAACAUGCGCAUCGAGAUGGCAUAUUCAGGCGCCAGGUCAUACACAGACUGUGAAGAAGACACAGAUGAUGAUGAUACCAAUGACAGUAUGACCGAAGAACGCGAAUCGGCACCACACUUGGACGCCAACGUACACUUGGCGUCAGAUUUGACCCAAAACUGUACCGAGAACGACACCAUCGGAAAGUGGCUUACAUGCUCCGUUUGCCGCAGAGAUGCUUGGGCACUCCUGCCUAGGCGCCAACGGCCUCGGAGAUCUUUGCAUCGCUCUCUUCAUGGUCUUGUAUCAUAG